UUUUUGCAAGCCGGCAUGUUGGCGUUUUUCAGUUGAUCAAUUUGGUUUUCAGUUUUUGUUCCAUUCAUUUCAUAUUCAUAUUCAUACCGCUGCCGGCUGCAUCGUAGAAAGAUGUUUGUAUAGUUUGGAUCAUCUUGUAUUAUAUGUAAUUCUAAACCCACCACAUUCCUAUUGUAUAGUUAGAAUAUUGUUCAAGAAGUGAAGUGAAAUGUGUUGACAUUGUUGAUUAUUAUUUUUCCUUCAAUAUAUGGACCCUAUCCAAGUUUUGAAAAUGGAGGGCUCUUUCGUUUUUUCCCCUGUAGUUAGUGAAGAUGAAUGGCAGAAGGUGCCUGCCGGAAUAGGAGAAAAAAUUUCCAAAUUUGUUAGUGAGAAAUUCGAAGAAUUCAUUACUUCUAAAGCACUAUUGGAAACGAAAUGUUUCAACUUGGAACAAAACAAAACAGUACAUGAAACCGAGAAUGAAAAUGGGCAAGCUGAAAGUGAGUUACUCAAGUCUAGAUUAGAAGUGGCCACUAAAACCAUUGAAGAGCAGGAAUCUCAACUUUCUACUUUAACUGCAGAAAUAAACAAAUUCCACACUAGGUGCAAUGCUCUAGAAGCUGAAACUGCAGAUUACCGUCACCAGCGGAAUCUAGCUGUGGAUGAAAGAGAUGAACAUCUCAGAAUGCUUCAGCGUCGUAAUGCAGAAAUAGAAAGACUACAGACUGAUAUCAAUAGCUUAACCAAACAACUAGAAUCUGCUGUGAAUGCAAAAUGUGAAGCUCUUUCUCAAGCUGAUGAAGUUGCAUCUAUGAAAAUCACUCUGGAAUAUAGAGAAAAAAGGAUGGAACAAGAACGUGCUCUUCUUAGCAGUCAGGUUCAAAGUUUGACUGAGGAACUCAAUCAGAGAACAGAAGAAUUGUUGAAUAUGAGACGAGAUAACACCUCCAGAUGCAUUCAACUUGAAACUAAACUAACAGAAAAAACACAAGAGUUAGUGGUUGCUGUUGAACAGGUUAAAUCUCUUACUGAUUUGAACAACAACUUAGUUACUAGAAAUGAAGAACUUGCCCAGAAAAUGCUUGGCCAACGUGAAAUAGAUGCUAAAAUGAAUGAGUCUUAUGUGUAUGAAAUAGAAGCUAAAACAAAGAUGGCAAAUGCUUAUCAAGCUAUGUAUGAAGAAAGUCAACAACAUUCUGAUGAACUCAAAGAAGCUUUGUCUGAGGUUCAACAAUUAUUGAAAACUGCAACUGAACAAUAUGGUGACCUGGAAACUAAGCACAAAGAAGCUGAAUUGGCACAUGAAGAAAUAAUUCAAAAGAAAACUGAGUGCAUUGAAUUGUUGAAAAAGGAACUUGAAACAGCUAAUGAAAUUAUUGAGGGAUCCAGAUCAGAUUCUAUGCUCAAGGAUGUUGAAGGAUUUGCAUCAGGCCAAACCCCUCUCCCAAAAUCACAUAAACAAGGCAUGUCUUAUUCCGAAGUCUAUUCCCGAUAUGUCUCCGUCUCAGAACAGCAUACAAACAAAGAAGAAGAGUGUGCUAGAUUGAAUAACUAUAUAACCUGCAUCCUCCGUGAGAUUGAGGAGAAAGGACCUCUGAUAAAGAAACUACGGCAAGAUUACAGCACCACCCUAGACGCAAACGAUGCUCUGAAAGAGUCCAACGACACCCUCUUGGCUGAAGUUCAACAACUUCGCGAAGCUCACGCAGAAUGCAAAAGAUUGGAAGGGGUAACAGCCAGAGAAAAUGCCAGGCUUAAGAAAGAAGUGGCUGAUCUGUCCAGACAAGUGGUCCACCUACUUCAAGAAGUCGAGCAUUCUAGGGUCGGCUCGUCCUCAACUUCCACCGAUAACGAUUUGAGCGAUAGCGUCAGCUCUGCGGACAUAAUCUCCAAGAAGUUGGUGACCUUCAAUGACAUCUCUGAACUCCAAACUACCAACCAGAAACUUCUCGCUUUGGUCAGAGAACUAACAGAACGACAAGAGGAGGUCGAAAGCAUCGACCCAGCUGCUAUCGCCAACCUCAGAAUGAAACUAGAAGACUUGAGACAAUCUCAAAACGAGCUUCUCGAAGAACGCGACCGACAGAACAAAAUGAUGGUCACCCUGAGAAACCAGCGAGAUAUGUACAAGAACUUGUACAGUCAAGCUGUGAAGGGAGCUGGAGAGGAAAUACCUUCUCAGCUAGAACGUACGUAUCUUCCUGAGAAUGGCGAAACCAGAAUGGAUGAGUCACACCGGCAGGUUGAUGAGAAGGUUCAAGAACUAGAGAACCAGAUAGAAAAGUUAUCCAAGCAGGUGGACCAUCUCAAGGAAGAGAAUGAUACUUACCGAAAGGAGAAGUCUGCUAAUGAGAAAAUUCUUCUCGAGCAACUAGACAGUAUGAGAGGCGAAGUCAAAGAAUUGACCAGACUGAACUGUAAGCUGAGUUCCCAUGCUGAUGUAAACGCAGAAAAAUUCAAAAUGAUGCAGAACAACAUAGAAAUCUACAAGAAACAAAUCACUGCUUUAGAAAAACAAAGCAAAAUCUAUAGCGAAUCCAUUAUCAAACACGAACAAGCAGCUACUUUCCUCAAAGAUGAAACUAUACUGUGCCAAACCAAACUUUCCAAGGCUGAGGUGAUGCUAAGCAAUCUACAGAAAGAAAAUGCUCUACUCAAAGAUGCUGAACAACGACUUCUGAAAGAAAGGGAAUCCUCUAGCCGCAAUUCCUAUCAGCAAAACCUCAUAAGAUCCAACAUUGAGCUUAUAAAAGCGACUCUAGAGAGAACAGAUGCAGAAGGAAAAUUGAGAUUCGAAGCUAGACUAGAUGAAGCUCACAGGGAAUGUGCAGCUCUCAGAAGAAGAUUACAGGAGGAACAGGAUCACUUCAGACAGCUAUCAGAUCAUUUGGACAAGCAAACUAAAGCUGCCCAGGCCCGCAUGGAAGAGGAGAAACAGCACGCUGAUAAGUUGAGAGAGGAAGUUGCAGAAUGCAGGGUCGACUUGGUGAACAAAACCUCUCAAAUCGAAGAACUCAGCAAGAAAAUGAAGAUGGGUCUGUUCACUGUUCCAGAUACCAGCGACGAAGUUCGUAGAGUGAGAGAAUUGGAGCAGCAGCUGGCAGAUGCUGAAGCAGAGAUUAAUUCAUUGAAAACGAAACUAAAAACAGCCAAAGAGGCUUCUGAUGAGUACUUUAAUGUCGCUGAAGCCUCAGAGAAGCAGGUGAAAGAUAUUAUGGACCAAAAUGAAUUACUUCAACAAGAAAUUGAAUUGGGAAAAAAUAAAAUCAAGCAGUUGGAAGAGAAGUGCAGUGAGUUGGAAGGCGAAUUGUCCAUUCAGAUGGACGAUCAAGAUAUUAACAAUGCCAGCAUCAAGAGCAAAUCCACCCAGCUGCAAGAAGAACUGAAUGUCAGGAAUAUGGAUUUGCGAACAGCUAGGGAGCAGCUAGAAAAUGCUAGAUGUGAAAACAAGUCCUUGGUAGAGCAGCUCAAAGCUGUCGAAAAUAAGUAUGCCAGAGAAGUUACCUUACACUCUGUCGACUUGCAGUCCCUUACUGCCAUGAAGGAAGAUCUCGACAAAGCCUUGGACGAACUCAAUCAGAUUGAAAGCGAAAAAACUCAAGCUAUAGAAAAUCUCAACGAAAAUAUCCAGAACUGGGAGGAACAGGAGAAGCUGUUCCAAAAAGAAAAGGAAGAGAUUCAGUCUCGAUUCAGUGACAUAGAUGCCCAAAACAGUUUGCUGCACGACCAGAUUCAAGCCCUAAACACCCAGCUGACCAUAUUACAGGCUCAAGCCUCUGAUCAGCAAAAUACAUCAGUUGGAGACGCUUCUUUCAACAAAUCUUUCUCGGAAGACGAUGCCAAGUCCUCCGAGCAACUGCUCAAGAUCAUCAAGUACUUGAGACAAGAAAAAGACAUAGCCGUCAGCAAAGCCGAUAUCGUAGAAGCCGAACACGUUAGGCUCAAAUCCCAGUUUGAUAUGCUGAACAAACAGCUGGAAGAAGUCAAGUCAGCUUUGGAAGCGGAGAGACAGAAAUCGGAAGUGUCUGUGGUGUCUGGGGCUAAACACGCCGAAGUCUUGCGCAAACUAGAAACACUGAAUGCGAUAACUGACAGCAAUAGAUACUUGAGACAAGAAAGGGACGCGUUCUAUGCCCAAAUCACCGAGUUACGCGCGAAAACUGAAAAAUUAGACGUCGAGGUGGAACCCCUGAAGGAAAAGAACAGGGAGUUGACCACAAAAUCAGACCAGCUGCAGAGCGAAAACAUCUCGCUUCGUGCCGAGUGCACCAGGUGGAGGCAGAGAGCCAACAUGCUCAUCGAAAAAACGAACAGAACCAGUCCCGAAGAUUGGAAAAAACUGCAAACGGAGCGCGAAACUUUGGCCAAGCAGUUGACGAUCGAAAGGUCUACAGUUACCAAGUUGAAUGACGACAUCAACAAUUUGAAGCAAGAUAAAGGAAAGUUGGAGGAGCAGCUCAAGAGUAUCCGAGCUCAAAAUAACCAACAAGCUGAAGAGUUAUCUAGGCUGCGUCAAGAAGUAGCGAAUUUACAAGUUCAAGUAGCACAGCUCACUGAUACUAUAGACCAACAGAGCGGUGAGAUCCUCAAAUUCAAGGAAGAAAACAGGAUUCUCACUGAAGAUACAGCCUCCAAGGACGUAUCUAUCACCGAACUGAAGAACAAUCUGGCACAAAUCAGGAAGAUUGCCAAGAAAUACAAGAUUCAAUAUGAAGAACAAACCAAGGAGCUCGACACAAUGAAGCAACAGAACAAACAACAGGAGUCGGAGCAUAUUACGACAUCGGAACGUCAGGAGCAGCAGCUGCAAGAGCAGAGAACCGAAUUGGAAGAGAGACUCACGCAACUGGAGAUCGCUCACAAGGAAGCCAUCGAGCAGUUGAAUCAACAGAUCGCCUCCAGUACCGAGCAGAUCGAGACCUACAAGAAGGAAGUGGAGACUCUGAAGCAGUCCAGUUUGGACAAAGAGGAGCGCUUCAAGACCCUUUUCAAGAACGCAAAGGAUAGGAUAGUCAGUUUGACCGAGCAGAACACCAAUCUCAAGGAGGAGCUGAACAAGGACAAGCCGGGCAGACUGGCUGCGUCAGAUCAGGCUGCCGAAGGUUCGAGACAGAACGAGGAGCUUCUGGAGAAGAUAGCCAGUUUGGAGAGGGAGAGGGACGAGCUGAACGAGGAGAAGCAGCAGGAGAAGGACAGGUUUUCCACGGAGUUGGAGGGAUUGACUCAGAGAGUGAACCAGCUGCAGAGACAGUUGGGUCUGCAGCAGGGGUCAAAGCCCAGCACCAGUUCCACCUCUUCGGAGAAGUCUUCGACCGAAAGGCCGACGGCCGAUAUCAAACCGAUGGCAGGUCAUUCAACAAAUACUCAAACACAGUCUGUUCCAAUUCAACCUUGGAGAAGCGGUGGUGAGCCUCCCUUGGCCAGUAUUAGACCAAUGUCGGCUCAACUGAGAACGGUAGCCGUUUUGCCAACUAGUCAAAGCCCCAGCGCUGUCAUGGUGCCACCGCAACAGCAAGUUCACACCACCGGCUCCAGCACCAUCGAAUCGCUGUCGAGCAGCCCGACCAGCUCGCACACGGACUACGUCCCCGCCACCAGUUCGGCCUCCUCUGCCGCCAUGAUGGGCCCCCGGCAGGUCGCUGUGCCUCCCACGCAGUCCUCGCAGGACGCCGAGGACGACGAGAACAACGGGCAGGUGCAGCAGCUAGCCCUACCACAAGUCGAAGGAACUAUAGGAACUACGCUUGUGAGAAUGCUAGAAUUUUUAUACGCAGACACCAAUGUGGAGAUCACAGUGUACAUGGGAAACGAAGGACAAGAGAACACGAAUUCCUCGAAUGGGGCGAAAAUUGCUAGUGGAAGUAGACGAAACACCUUACCAAGUGGAACAAACGUCCAAAAGAGAAGGAAGAAGCCGGCACAGGAGGCAAUACUUGUGAAAAUGAAGGAUACAUCAUACGCAGACUUAUUGAAGACCAUGAAACAAGCAGUAAACCCUAGUGAAAUUGGAGUAGAUGUGAGUGAAAUCAAGAAAACCAGAAGUGGGGAUCUACUUCUGACAGUGCGAAACGGCCCAGCUAAAGCAGAAGCCUUGAAGAAAGAAAUAAGCAGAAAAAUUCAGGGGACGACAACAUCCCUCCUUAUUAAUAAAAAAGUUUUGCACAUAAAAGAUCUGGACGAAGUGGUAACUGAGGAAGAAAUAAGGAGAGCUGUAUGCGAAGCUAUUUCUGCCCCUCAGACGCAGGCCGUCGCUCUCGUUCUGCCCAGGGUGGAGCCCCCGAGCGCGGGACCUGCGCCGGAGCAAGGCCCCAGCAGCGGCAGCGGCAGCAACGCCGUCACGACGACGCAGGCGGGGCACAAGCGGCAGCGCGACGCCGACGCGGACGACGGCAGCGGCUGUCAGGCGGACGACCAGCCGAAGGGCCAGCCGAAGAGCAAGCGGACGCGAGUUCAGGCCGGCACGGUGGACAGCGGCUUGGACGUCGAAUAUCAAGUGCCGACGAGCAGCCAGCGUGACCACGACGACGACAACGUGAUCGUGGUGGAGAGCGACGACGAGGGGGGCGCCGACGAGGGGGAAGGGGCUGACGAUGAUCAGGACGAUCCCGACACCGAAGGAUACGAUAUGGAGGGAAUGGAACAAGACAACUACGAGGAUGCCGAUUGUCAGGAAGUGGAAGACGAGGAGGAGGCCGGCAAUGAGGUGGAGGUGAUCGAGGAUUCCAGCGAGGUGCCGAAUCAAAGUGAGAGGUCCAUCCAGGAGGAUAUCGAAGAGAAUUCCGAGCAGCCACAAUCCGAGGCCAUCAGUAGUGGAACUGACGGCACUAGCGGCGGCGUCACCAUCUCCCAGGCCUCCACCUCCGUCUCGCUCUCGGCCCCGCCCACGACCCGUCCCCGGCCGAUCCCCCCGCUCCCCGCCAGGCACCACCUGCCCCAGCACCACGACGACAUCGGAGACGACGGCAUCGUUCCGUCCACGCCCACUCUGUACGUGCCGCGCCGCUCGGACGGCUUCGGCGAAUCGGUGAGCUCGCCCAGCGUGCCGACAGGUACUGGGAGGAGCGUGCCGACGACGCCUUUGCAGUCGUCGCCGCAGGAGGGCGUGCCGGGCAGCGAUGAGCAGGACGGCAGUGGUCACAUGACGCAGUCAGACGUGAAGCAGGCGGAGAAGGAAGUUCCGAAUGCAUGGGACCCCCUGCCGUCGCUGGUACUUCAUCCGAAGGGGCACAACAACUCGAGCAAGCUGAAGAAAUGCUCGAAGGAGAUGAUGGGCCCGUAUUUUAUCACGCAGGUGAGUUCGGAAGGAGAGAAGCCCAUCCAGGCGGAAGAGGACGAAGAGGAGGGCCGAGAAGCCGAGGCGUCUCCGAGCACCAACUCCAGAAGGGUGAUGCGAGGCCCUUCGGCGCGCAGGUCCGCCAGGACGCCGACGCCGAGAGGCGGACACAUGCAGAGGCCGGGGCCGAUACCGAUAGUAUCGUGGCAGAGGAGGUCCUUCACCAAAUUACCAAUCCAGGCCGGUGGCUAGAAGGGCCAGAGGUCGCAUGCAAAGGCCUUUUGGUGGUAGAUUUUAAGUCGUCUCUCAGAAUUCAUCAUUCCAUUUUCAUGUUCGGCUAUUUUAAAUGUUUACUAUCAUGUUCCAGUUUUGUAUUGUAUAAAAUAAUGUAUUAGUUAAGUCGUCACAUAUAAAACAGUUACAAUUUUUUAUUUCCUCUUUGAGCAAAGGUUUUGAAAUUCAACUUUGACAGACUUGAUGAAAAGUGUGUUUUAUUUCAACUAUUGUGUAGUUAGUUGCUGUUGUGCAUUUAAUAUUAUUACAGGACUCUCAAAAUGUUUAUUUUGUUUUAUUCAUUUUCUUCACCCAAUCCAGUUCAAGAAAAGCUUUGAUAUUUUAAUAAGAAAAUAACAAUUUUUUGUCAUUCCAGUGAUAUUUUUUAUCAAUUAAUACUGGUGAUUUUGAAUUGAUGAAAAAACUGAGCCAAGUUGGGAGUGAAACAUUUCAUUAUAAUAAUACAUUUAUACAUUUUUUUAGUCUACAGCAUGUUAACACCCCCAACAAUGUUGACCACUCUACCCUGAUACUUCCUAGAGAUGUCCCCCUGUAUUUCCUUCUGAAGCUGUUUGGUUUUCUCAAUCAAAACUUUAAUGACUGGAUCUAUAUUUCUAGCUUCUUCCCUCAAAAUUUUAAUUUUUUCCUCUAGCCUAACUUUGUUGGCUUUCAUCUUCUCAAUCACUGAUAAUUUUUGCUUGAGUGUAGCAGUCAAAAUAUCAACAUAUUUUGGAGAAUGCUUGAUGUUGUGCAAGUGCUGGAUCCUCUUGUUAGUCAAAUGAUCAAGGGCAACAUUAAUGCAAUCAUUUAGGGCUGUGAUAGAUUCCACAGUUUGCAUUUGAAGGAUAGCUGGUGCCUCCUGCAUCUGGGACAUAGCAAUCAUGUUUGAAUCAUUGGACAUUUCAUAUAGUCUCAUUUUCAAAAAGGCCCCCAGUUCCAUCAGGUUGUUAAUUAUUUGCUCUUGAGUUUUGGGAUUAUCCAGGAUAGUUAGGGCCUCAUCCCCUUUGGCUAAUCCACCAUCUAUGCCAGUUCGUUCCACAACUAUUCCAGACUCUUCUAGGUUAACUGCUACAUCUUUGUGUGAGACUAUUUCGAAACCUUCUUCACCACUAGAGCCCCAAUCAAUGUUCUGUUCUUCUGGUGUUACUUCUCCAAAAUCAAUGCUACUACCAUUGUCUGUGUUGAUGUCAAAAUCUAUUUCAGCUCCAUUAUCAGUAUUCUCUGCAAAAUCUAUGUCCCCAAAAUCUAUUUUGUUACUAUCCUUUUCAUCAUCAGAUAAGGUGGAUAUGGGUUCUUCAAUCUGAACAGGUUUUUCUCCAUAAGUGUAUUCAUAAGUAGUGGUAUUUCCAUGUCUGACAAGAUAUUCUAAAGUAGGUAGAACCUGAAGAUCAGCAUUUUUUCCUGAUAAAUAUUUAUUGAAUUCUGAAUAUAAUUCUAUAGCUGGCAAAACUAUUUUGAUUUUUUCAGGAGUUGCUUCAUAGAUUUUAGGUAGCUCUUUCAACAGUCCAACAAGUUCCAUUCUGAUAUUUUUUCCAGCAAUACCCAGUUGUUCACAAGAGGAGUUGAACUCUUUCAGGGCAAUUGCCUCUAUUUUUGAAUAAUCCUUUAUUUUUUUCUCACAUUCUGUUUGACUUUGCUCUAAUUUUGUAAUUUGCUUUCUCAAGCUUGGUAUUUCAAAACUGACAUUUCGAAUGAGCAUUUGAGCUACUUCUGCCAAAUAAAGAGAGUCUUUUUGAUAUAGUGAUAUAAUAUCCUGCCAGUCCUUCAUGCGCUGUGAGCCAUACCUCCCAAACAGAUUUUUUGUGUCUGCUUCUGUUUCUUUUAGUAUCUCGACAAUUUUCAGGCAGUGAAAAUAAUGGAUGUGUUGACCAGAGAGCAAAUUUAUAAUGCCUUCAUGAGCUGGCAUAUCCUGUAUUGCAUUGUUUAUCUUCUCCCUUACUUUCAGAACAUUGUUUUGCCAAUCUUUACUCACAUGCCUUCUGCUUAUUAGCCAUUCCAAUAGUUUUGUUGUGUUGAUAUCAAUUGGUAUGUUUUGUUCGUUCAUAUUUCAGGAAUUCAGAAACUAGUUUUGUAUAUUAUUUCAUUUAUAAAUAUCAGAAUUCAUUAUAUUUUCCAUAUGGUAUGGUUAACAGUUGACUUUUGGUUGGCCAUCAGCUGCGAGCUGACAGCUUCGUUCGU